UCAAAUAUGGCCGCACAGUAGGACGAAUGUGGUUAAAACUAGCAUUUCAAAUGACAAAUAUUAUUGACUGUUGGAUUUGUUUUCAUGUUUCGAAGUUAAUUCCUGUGUCGCGAUGUGGCUGCCACUUCACACAGUCUGUUUAGGAAGGCGGACAGUCUGCAUAAAGAGCUCCGUCGCUGCUGUUUUAAAAUGUAUGCACAGAGGUAAUGCUAACGUUUCUCUCUUCAGUCAUUCAGCUGGACUGCGAGCACAGACGUGCCAGGCUCUUCUGUACAGAAAACACGGAGACCCUUCUCAAGUCGUUCAGUUAGAGGAUGUGCGUCUACCUCCCUUAGGUGCAAAGGAUGUCUUGGUUAAAAUGCUGGCAGCUCCAAUCAACCCAUCUGACAUCAACAUGAUUCAAGGAACUUAUGCUAUCCUGCCUGACCUCCCAGCUGUUGGGGGCAAUGAGGGUGUGGCCCAGGUUGUAGAGGUGGGCAGCCAGGUGAAGUCCCUCAAAACAGGAGACUGGGUCAUCCCAAAAGAUGCUGGUCUGGGGACAUGGAGGACAGAGGCGGUGCUGGCUGAGGACGUUGUCAUCUCACUGCCGAAUGAUAUUCCCUUGUUGUGUGCGGCCACGCUGGGGGUGAAUCCCUGCACUGCCUUGAGGAUGCUCUCUGAUUUUGAGGAUCUCAAGCCAGGUGAUUCUGUGAUCCAAAAUGCAGCCAACAGCGGAGUUGGGCAGGCUGUGAUACAGAUUGCUGCAGCAAAGGGAAUAAACACUAUCAAUGUCGUCAGAGACAGGCCAGAGUUCACACAACUCAGUGAUAGGCUGAAGGCCAUCGGAGCAACUCAUGUGAUCAGAGAAGAGACACUGAGGCGGCCUGAGAUAAAGGAACUGUUCAAGACCUGUCCAAAGCCUAAACUGGCACUGAAUGGAGUUGGGGGCAAGAGUGCAACAGAACUGCUCCGUCAUUUACAGUUUGGAGGAUCUAUGGUGACGUAUGGGGGGAUGGCCAAACAGCCAGUUACUGUCCCAGUGAGUGCCCUCAUUUUCAAGGACGUGAAGGUUCGAGGAUUUUGGGUCACACAGUGGAAGAAAGAUCACUCAAAUGAUGGAACAGCAUUUAGAGCUAUGCUGGAUGAACUGUGCUGCCUCAUCCAGCAGGGAAAGCUGACGGCUCCUGCCUGCACCAAAGUGGGCCUUCAAGACUACAGCAAGGCUUUGGAGGCAGCCAUGCAACCUUUCACUUCAGCUAAACAGGUCCUGAUCAUGUGAGCGGAUGUAUCACAUACACUGUCAAGACCACAGUGAAUGAACUGAAGUGCUGAACUAAGCCUCAGGACUGCCACGUUAUUUUUGUCACGCCAAUCAUAUACACUGCUCAAGUACAUACUUGUAAUAAAUGUGUCUUCACAGAUACACACAACAAACUUAAGCAUUUGUCACGUUUGGACUUGAGUUCCCAUAAGUUUACUGACAGUAAUUUAACACUCAACAGAUCUUUACACAGCGAUAUUAGAUAACAGGAAACGUAAUGCAACUUCACCUGAUAUGCUUAGUAACAGUUUGCACUGUUACAAAAUUAUAUGGACAUGAGUCAGUGCAUAUGAUAUUAAUCAACAGAUUGACUGCCCUGAUAAUACUGAUAUUCACAGUGCAUUGAUCCCUGCUGUUAAAAUAACAUUUAAACUAAAAGCUACUGUUUUAUCCAAUUCUGGUUUUAUUCAGUAGUUAAAGUAGAGUUAGACAGAGAAGCUUGGCAGGAAAGAAACAUCAGACCCAAGUGUGGAUUUUAUUCAGAGCAUUGAUGUAGAACUUUAUGAACUUUAUCCUCCAGAGCCAUUGAAUACCAGUGACUGGAAAUGAAGUGUUCAACUCAUACCAAUAAAUCACAGCAAAGAGGCCACACCAAA